AUGUAUUUACGGUUUUCAAAUCGAGAACCAUAUGAAAAACUCCAUCUAACAACUGGUUUGGAGGACUGGGACAUGAUGGAAGAGCUUAAGCUAGCCACAACAGCAGAUCAGUACUUUGCUGGUGCUGAUGAAAAAGUGGAACGUUACUCUCUAAGACGUCAUCAGAGUACUGAGCUUUCUCCUUGUAAGUCAGAAGAAGGCAAUCCACAGGAGUGCAGUUUCCAGCCGAGCCUGUGGCUAAUUGUGAACCCCAAUCUGGUAAUGCCAAAUCCAGAGGGUAUUGCUAGAGUGCCACCCGAACCUCCUAAAAUUACUGGAUUGCGCUCUCCUCUCCAAUCAUACAUUGCCAUUGAUUAUUCCACCAUGGAGGAUUCCGAAGAGGAAUCCCAAACCUCUUGCAGUGAGCUGUGUACAGAAGAUGACGACACAUUUGUACCCAGCCAACUUGCACACAAGCAGACAAAGUGUACAGGUAAAAAAGUGAGAGUGCAAAGAGGUCUGACCCAGCUGGACUCCUGGCCUCGUCCCCCCAUUAACUACUGCAACCUCAUCUCCUUGGCUCUGAGGAAUAGUGAAGAAGGAAGUCUGAACGUGCAGCAGAUUUACAGCUUUGUGAGGGAGCACUUUCCAUUUUUCCGGGUUGCACCAGAUGGUUGGAAGAAUACAGUCCGUCAUAACCUCUGCUUCAGUACUAGCUUUGAGAAGAGUGCUGGUUGGGUUAAUGCAGAUGGGAACAGGCGCUCCUGUCUGUGGAAACUCACACGCCAAGGACGUCGGAAAUUCCGUACAGAGAUGCAUUCACUAUCGGAUGAGCUACUAGGCAUGGUACGCAGAAGCAUGAACAAUCCAGGAUCUUACCUCUUGUAUCGCCCACCUCCUGGAGAUGUCAGGCCGAUGGAGGAACAAUGUGGCACAUAUGGUGAGAUUGCUCCUUACUGGGAGACGGUGACUGAAAUCCUAGGGGACCCGGUUGAGUGGUCAGAUUCUGGAGGAAUUCUGGCAGAAGCUCGAAGAGAGGCAACAAAGUCCAAACUCGCAACGCCACUCACCUCCUACAACCAGGCGAUCCAAGCCGAUCCAACAGCGGCGGAACGGUUUUGCACCCAGGCGCCUGAGGAGAGCACAAGCCGGGCGGACAACCUCAAGGGGUAA